UGUAGAUGUAUUUUUUAAAAAGUGUUCACUUAUGAAGGUGGUUUCCUGAAUCUCACAUGAGUUGCACUUGUCUCCAUAGCCAGUGUUCAGUGUCAUAUCCUUCUGAAGUCUCCAGGAGAAGGAUGGUGUGUAGGGGGGGGGCAGGAAAUGACAGAUUUCUGGUCUGAUGCAAAGCAAUCCCACUGGAGCAAAGGGGUUGUGGAAAGUAUAAAUAAAACUGGUCCCAGAACAGCUUGAGAGUCAUUCAUGAGAACACUGGUCUGAAGAGAAAACGAUGAUUAUGGAGUAUGGAAUUUUCCCUUCCAGUUUUGAUCCUACAUGUCGCUUCCACAACGCACUGCUGGACCAGCAAAACCGGCUAUGCAACCACAUCAAGAAACUCCGAGAGAUCUUACAGAGACUUGGUAAACUGGACAGAUGUUCUGUCAUUGCCCAUCUAACGGGGAAUUCUUUAAAUGCUGCAGGAGCCAUUAUGGCCAUUGUGGGGCUGUCCUUGAGCCCUGCAACUCUAGGAGCCUCUCUCUUGGCUUCUGGGGUAGGCUUAGGGGUCGCAGCUGCAGGAGGGGCUGUUUCCCUGACUUUAGACCUUUCUUUAGCGCUCUGUAACUCCAAGGAGGUGAAAAGAGUAAAAAAGAUUGCACUGACCUGUCAUAGCCAGAUGAAGGAAAUUAUGAACUGCUUGGAAUUCCUGCAUCGCAGUUGGAGCCCCACCGACCCUUUCUUAUUGCAGGAUGAGAAAAAUGCCUCUAUGGCCCUGUAUAAUUCUGCCUGCUUUGUGGUGUUCUGCGGCCCUCAGGGCUUCUUGGUCCCUGAGCACAUGGAAGAGGUGACCAAAGUGAGCCAUACCCUGCUUAAGGCAAAAGUCCAGAAACUGGUAGAAAACCUAGAAGCCUGUGCAAGAUGCAUGGAUGAAAUCUGCAAGCUUUUAGAAAGCAGGAAAGCAUGUUCUUGGAGGAUGAAAGGAUUAGAAUGCUGACAUGGGGUCAGUGGUCAGAAUGACUCCGCAGUAGCACCAAAUCUUCUCCUUGAAAAAAUGGAACUUGGGUAUAAAAGUGCUAAAUACCGGUACAGUUACUGUGGGUUACAAUUAGGAUUGUAUGUACCCAGGAAUUUCUCCAGGCAUUCCCCAGGACUUGCAACUCUCUCAGCUGUGCAUCUGUAUAUCCUACUUGGUUUUUCUGCUGAUCAACACAACAUACGGAAACCAU